GUUGACUGAUCAAAACCACCCUAUGGCUAUCCCAACUCCACUGAUAUUCCACAAAGGAAACAGAAACCAACGGUCUUAACUGUCACCAAAACAGAGCUUCCUUCCAAUUCAAUGGCACUCUGCUUCUUCUCUGCUUCACUAUCAUUUCCCAAACGUCACCCUCUCAUUUCUACUCCUCAUAACAUCCCAAGAAAGAGAAAUCUACCACUCAUUUGCCGAUCAAACAGCGAUUCCGAUGAGGAUUAUUUGUUGGAUGCUCCAGUUUCAAUCGGUGAUGGAUUUUCCUUCAGUGGGGGGAAAUACUCAGACGAACCAAGCCCUGCUGAUGCAUGGUUCAAGCAAGGAAAGAUUGUGAAAGCACACCCUGUUGGUGGAACUGGUGAGAAGGCCAAGGAUCCGAUUUUUGGACUUGCUAUGGCCGGUUCUUCGCAAUCCUCUACUGAUCUGUUCAGAUGGUUCUGCGUUGAAAGUGGAAAUCCUGCUAACCAGACAGUGAUUUUAGUUCAUGGUUUUCCAUCACAGGCAUAUUCGUACCGCAAGGUUCUACCCAUUCUCUCUAAGAAUAAUCAUGUUAUUGCUUUUGAUUGGCUAGGAUUUGGAUUCUCAGAUAAACCCCAACCCAAAUAUGGCUUUGACUACACAUUGAAAGAAUUUGUAGAUUCCUUAGAUUCUCUCAUCAACGAACUCUCAAAAGAUAAGGUUACUCUUGUUGUCCAGGGAUACUUUUCACCAGUUGUGGUUAAAUACGCUCAAGAUCAUCAGGAAAAGCUUAAUAAUCUCAUCCUACUAAAUCCCCCACUGACAGUGAAUCACGCCAACUUGCCAUCAACACUUGCCAUUUUCAGCAACUUCUUGUUAGGAGAAAUAUUUUCUCAGGAUCCUCUGCGAGCCAGUGAUAAAGCCUUGACAAGUUGUGGUCCCUAUCAGAUAAAGGAAGAAGUUGCAAUGGUUUAUAGAAGACCAUACCUCACAUCAGGAUCUUCUGGAUUUGCUCUGAAUGCCAUUAGCAGGUCGAUGAAAAAGGAGCUAAAGGGGUAUGUAGAAGAUAUGAGAAGAAUCCUUGGGGAUGAGACGUGGAAGGUCCGAACAAGCAUUUGCUGGGGCGAAAGAGAUCGUUGGUUAAGCUUCGAAGGUGUGGAAGAUUUCUGCAAAGAAUCCAAUCAUCAACUGAUCAAAGUCCCCAUGGCAGGGCAUCAUGUGCAGGAGGAUUGCAGCGAGGAAAUAGCAAAUAUCAUUGCCAGAAUCCUAAGCAAACCAACACGUAUAUGAUUUCGUUUACUCAUUCCUAGUAAAACCUAUCUACCAUCUACUACUAUUUUUACCCUGGUCUCAAUGGUGAAAUCAGCAUAGUACUCAGGGAAGAACAUUUUUAUACUUCUCUCUAGACUUUAGAGGCUCUUCUGUAUGAUUCGUCUAUUUAGUUUCAUAUUCGACAUAACAGAUUCAUUAUCAUUGUCUGGAUAGCCUUUACUAUUAUUUCAUAAUAAGAUUAUGUUUAUUAAACAA